AUGGCAACCACGGCACCCCCAGCAACAACCCCAACAACAGCCCUCGUAGCAAACCACCUCUUCAGCGCCACCGUCCACCUCGGCCCCCAUCUCGGCCCCAUCCCCCUUCUCGGCGGCGGCCAGCGCAUGGUCGAGCCCAUCACCGGUGGCAACAUCGCCGGCCCGGCCUUUAACGCUGUCAUCGAAGGGGGGUUCGCCGCGCCUAUUUUUGUGCAACAGCAGCCCAUUCCUACUGUCGAGCAUACCCCUUCUACCCAGUCUUCUACAAAUGGUGAUGGUGAUGCCAGUGCCGACGCCGAUAGUGAUACCCCACCUGAAUCCGAGCCUAAAAACGACGGCGAGAGCACCAAACAAAACCAUCACCUCCUAGCACACAUCUGGCCCUACGGCACAGCAAGUGAUGGGUCUGCGUUUUUUCUGGAAGAGUCCGGGGUGGGUGGGCCUGGGGGGCAGAAUACGAGGUUGAAUAUCCAGGUUGGUGGGCGGUACAAGGCGUUGCAGACCAUGUAUGUGCUGGCGCAGCCGAGGGUGGUGGAUCGGGAGCGGACGAUGUGA